AUGAACACCCGCAAUGGCGCCCUGUCGCCCCUCUCGACUGACAGCCAAGAGUGGUCGCCCAUCAACGGCUACCGGAACAUUGGCGGCGACAAUCCAUACUCGCCGACCAUCCCUCCCAACACAUACGGGCCCAGCAACCCCGAUGGCGGCAUGCUCAAUGGCAUGCGCCCUGGCACCGGCAAUGGCAACCCCUCGCCGCCCAGCUCAGUAGGCCGAUCGAGCGACGGUACGGGCCUGUACGCCUCCAGCAUCAGUGAAAACACGCGGCCCAUGAUAGACCCUCGGAAAAUGCAAGCGCUAGAGGAGACCAUGUCGGAACAUUUUAGAGUGCUCAAGGCCUACUUGGGGCCGUAUCUCAAUGACGAGAAGGGCAACCCGCGCCCGAGCAGAGCCAAGGACAAGCUGACCCGCCUGUCUGCUGUGCAGUUCCAGGAGCUCAGCACCGACGUAUAUGAUGAGUCGAUACGCAGAGAGCAGGACCGCAAGCGGGGAGGCCCAGGAGCGCCUGGUAACGACACUCCGAAAUACCUCCUACCCAAGAACAACUUCCACCCAAAACGUAAUCAGGCGAGACAAAAGCUCUCCACCCUGCCUCUCGAGCGCUUCCGUCAACUCGCGACCGACGUCUUCUACGAACUCGAGCGCAGAUUCCCGCGCUUCACCGGCGGCGACAUUCCCCCACGAUCCUCGAGCCCCAAUGGCAGCAUCGCGAGUCGCAUAAGUAACAGAGGGCCUCCGAGUAGAGGCGGCACACCGAACAGCAUGGGCGGACGACCUCCGCCAGGGCCAGGCUAUCGGGGACCUCCAAUGGGCGGGCCCAUGGGCGGACCCCAAGGAGGGCCCCCAGGUCCACCAGGCGGGCUGCGGCCCGGUUCAAAUGGGUCGGGUGGCUCGUUCGGGCGGCCGCUGCCGAAGACGUUCCAGUCGAAUACGAUCGUGCCGAACAAAGGAACCCUGGUCGAAGAUGACGAUGACAGCGGAGCAGAUGACGACGAUGCAUUCAACCUGGAAGGCGCUGCUGCCAGGCGGCAGACAAAUAAGAGCGCGAAAAGUAUGAGCAUGGCACAGGAAAAGAUGACCGCAGAUCUGCAAAACCAAGUGGCUGAGCUGCAGGAGAAGAUUGGCUCGUUAGAGACCACCAUACGGAACAAGGACGACGAACUGCAGCGACUUCAAGAUACCGACAAGACACGCGACGGUGCCUCGGCUUCCGAGCGUGCCGAGUGGGAUGAACUUCGGAGUUCUCUUGAAUCAAAGGUCCAACAGGCUGAGAAUCUCAACUCUUCACUUCGUUCCGAGAUAGACAGAUUGCGCAACGAAAACGAAGACGUCGAGAGCGACCUCCGUGCCCAGAUCGCAGAUCUCCAGUCUCGAGCACCUCAGCAAGUGCAUGAUAACGGAGACGGCGAAUGGAGACAACGAUGUGAGGAGCUUGAACGGGAGUUGAGCGAACAACAGCAGGUAGCUGAAGAAGUGCGAAGAGACGCAGCCAUGUUCCUGCAAGAAAUGAAAGAACUCUCUGCCCGCAGUGAUGCGGCGGCCGAGAAGGAAGAGCAAAUGGCAAAUCAAGUAACAUCACUCGAAGCGGAGCUGAAAGACUGGAAAUCGAGAUACGCCAAGGCAAAGACACAACUGCGAAACCUCAAGGCAUCCUCUAUGGGCUUGCAACAGCUCAUGUCCCUGAACCAAACCAACAUCACCCGCGAUGCUGCCUUUACGACGCCAGACGGAUUGGUCAAGGAUGUACACAUCACCAAGUUCCAACUGAGCAUCGAUGAGCUGCUGCAGACUGCGAGAAGAGCAAACUCAGAGCAGACUCUCGAGAGUAUGCGCCAUGUCGUCAAGUGUGUACGAGCUAUCACUGGCGACAUUGACAGCACUUCUCUGUCACAAGUCCAGUCUCCUACCAGCAGUGUGAGCGGCGACCUCUUUGCAAGCCCCGAAAAGCAGCAAGCAAAGCUCAAGUCUCGCGUCAGCGCUACGGCCAACAACCUCAUCACUGCUACCAAGAACCACACGGCAUCUGGUGGCCUGUCACCAGUCAGUCUUUUGGACGCUGCAGCUAGUCAUUUGUCAACAGCUGUUGUCGAGCUGGUCAAACACGUCAAAGUCCGACCUACUCCAGAAGACGAGCUUGAAGCAGACGAUGAGGAUGCUGAUAGACCUAUGCCACUAAAGCCAGCUGGGCACAAUAAUUAUAGUGCGUACUCGCCAGGCAACGACAACACCAACAGCAGCGGUGCGACCUCGACAUACGGUCACCAGCGCAGUCGUAGUAGCAAAGGUGGCAGCAGUGACACUACCAGGUACAGCACCUACAGCUCUCCCUACAGCGGAUACGAUGGGCAAAGCGGAGCCAUGAACGGUGCUAAUGGAGCAGGCGAUAGCGGUAUGCUCGAUUUCAAGAACUACCUUGAAGAUCAGACCGCACUCCUCGUCCAGAGCAUACAGCCGCUGGUCAAUCUCAUCCGCUCGAACCCCGAUUCUACACCUGGUGAUGAGCAACAAAUCUACGAAUACAUCCAGGACAUCUCGCAGGCAGUCGACGACACUGGCAACAAGACCUACGAUGCUGUGAACCAGCUCUCUGACCCUGCGUUAAAGAAGCACGCGCUUCCCGUAGUAGAGGUGCUCGAUGAAUGCAGACAGAGCAUGCUUGCUGUCGACAUCAAGGGUGGAGGUCGCGACAGAAUUCCGCCGCUUGCAUUCAAGACUGCUAGAGCUCUCAAGGAGCUCGUGCUUCGCGUAGACCGCAUCGAGUCUGGCGAACUUACUGUCGACCAGACGCUCAAGACAGAGCUAUAG